AACCAACUCGGGGCUGAGGUAGAAUCCUAUUUUCGAUCCAUCGAAGAAGCCCUACCUUCUCUUUUCCCACCAUUUCAACAACUCCGUUAAUACUCUCCAUCAAAGAUGUCUGACAUCGAAGAGACUCCCGCUGACGUCGGCGCCGAGGUCGAGGUCGAGGCUGAGGCUGAGGCUCCCGCCGCCCCCAAGGGCGCGAUGAGCAUCGAGGAUGCUCUCCAAGAGGUCCUCAAAAAGGCUCUGAUCCACGAUGGUCUCGCGCGCGGGCUGCGCGAGUGCGCCAAGGCUCUGGACAGGCGUCAAGCUCAUCUUUGCGUCCUUGUCGAAACCUGCACUGAGGCCGAAUACAUCAAGCUGAUCGAGGCUCUCUGCACCGAGCACAAGAUCGAUCUCCUCAAGGUUUCCGACCCCAAGACUCUGGGAACCUGGGCAGGUCUUUGCAAGAUCGACAGGGAGGGUAACCCUAGAAAGGUCGUCGGUUGCUCUUGCGUCGUCGUUCGUGACUACGGAGAGGAGAGCGAGGGUCUCAACGUCUUGCUCUCUCACUUCAAGAGCCGCUGAACAGACAAAGCCGGUCGCCUUGUGAC